CACUACCAUUAAACAGAGUUAAAUGUUGACUUCCUGAGUUAAAGGUCACAACCUGAGGUUUAUUUUCAUAUGUGUUCCUGCUGACACGAUUCUCUCAAACCAACUGUAUUAACAACCAAAGUUGAGGUCAAUUCCAUUUCAAUUCCAGUCUAUUCAGAACGUUCACCAAAUUCCAGUGAAUGUUUUUUUUUGCUCAUUGAAAAAGCAUUGAAGAUAAUUUAAUUUGGAAUUUCAGUGUAGCUCCUGAUUUGACUGUAAUUAAAAUGGAAUUGACCCCAACCUUGGUUGUUGAUACUUAAUGGAUAUUCUAUGGUUUUGCGUUUCAUUACAUAUGCUCUGAAACAUCGUGAUACUAUCUCUGGGAUAAAAAAAAAAAUCUAACUACAUCAUCAAUAUUUUUGAUCUAAGUGUGUUAUCUGUUGAUCGACGACAGUCACCGGAAAUAGGUACAGCAUUGGAACCCUGCUUCUAGAACAAAGGCAACUUGAAACAUUCUGUCACAGCAACGUUUCCCUCUGAAGAGACAGACAGACAGCAGAGAGAGCGAGAGAUAUGCUUCUGGUCACGGUCUUCAGAGGUUUACUGGUGCUGGGUCUCAUCAUGUCACUGGAUGGACAUAAGAAAAGCCAGAAGACCAAAGGGAAGGCAGCCAAAUGCCCCAAAUUCACUGACAUUGAACGGAGAGUAGGUUUAGUUAUGGAUGAUAACCUGAAGACCGCUGUCUUCCCUGUCCUUCAUAAAGCCACCAGGUCUCUCUCUCCGUGGACAUACAGCGACACAUACGAUGAGACCCGGGUCCCUCAACAUAUCUCCCAGGCUCAGUGCCAGAGGUCUGGCUGUCUAACCCCAGACGGAGAUGAGGACAUGGGGUUGGAGUCCAAACCCAUUCUCCAUCAGACCCUGGUGCUCCGCAGGGUUCAGGGAGAGGAGGGCAGCUGCGGAGGGAGGAGGAGGAAGGGUUAUUUUUACAAACUGGACAGUGAGAGUGUAAAUGUGGGCUGUACCUGUGUGAGACCCAGCAUUUUCCCUCAGAAGCAGUGAUAAUAAGAGAUAACUCCUAAUUCAAGGAAAAUCUUUUCAAAUGUUUUUUUAAAUAUAAAAAGUUUCCAUGGAAAAUGGAUUUCUGAUUAUUUUGAACAUUUCCUGAAUUGAUUGAAAUGGACCCUAACUCUGUAGAGUGUGGCAUGGCUGUAACGUAGAUGUCUUAGAAGUGAAUAAUGAACGUUGAUGUGUUUGUCUUUGGCUUUGAUGUUGACCCGUGGAAAUGGACAAAGUGAUGUAUCUGACCUCUUGACAUAUAGUCUACCUGGAAACAUCUGAGGUCAACGGCAGGGUUCACAUUCUCCGUUCAUACUUUCCUUCCGUGUUUUAUUUCAGUUAAAUUACUUGUUAAAUUACUUGUUUAUUUAAAUGGAUACUUCGGGAUUUUGGCAAUGAUGCCCUUUGUCUACUUUCCCAGAGUCAGGUGAAAUCGUGGAUGCCAUUUUUAUGUCUCUGUGUUUAGUAUGAAGGAAGUUAGAGGUAGUUUUGUGAGCCAAUGCUAACUAGCGUUAGUUAGCACAAUGGCAAAGUCUAGGAGUAUCUGCUAUCGUUGCCAAAAUGCCGAAGUAUUCCUUUAAAAGACUUUGUUCAAUUAUACCUGUUUAUAUAAAUGACAGUGACAUCAUUAACUUUAAGUUGCACAAGACUAAAAUGUCAAUGUAAAACAUUCAUUUUUUUCAUUCAAAUAUUCUUAUUGUAUGGGAAUGUUCAUAUGAUAUGUAGCCUGUGACUAAAUAUUGACCCUAGUUUGUAGUAGAAUGAACACUUACCACUUAAUGUGUUUCUGAAUAAACUCUAUUAUUUUGU